AUGAGCCGAAUGCUCUUGGCACGCGUCCCCGUCGGUGCUAAAAGCAGCUCUCCCACGACUCCUGGUUCGAACAGUGUCCUUUGUAUUACACCCGAGUCCGAUUAUACAUCUCCACGAAGAGAAGAGGGGUGUGCUUGGCCGCCGAACCCGGAUCACGACCUCAUAUCACCGCUAGAGUCGACUCCACCAUCGCCCAGUGUGUUGGGAUUUGCAACACCAAAGUCCAAACACUCGAUGGCCUGGGACGACCCACCAAAGUCUUCCGCUCCAUGGCACGAUGCCGAUGCCGAAGAGAUGGGGGAUCUGGGGCGCGGGGCGCUCAGCAAAGACGAAAGCCAAUGCCACAGCAUACCAAUAGCAACGGGGAGUAUGCCAAAUCCACCGAGACCGGAAGGCGACUUUGUCGAUGAGCCUGGUCGGAUGGACGGCGAUGAGAUGCUGUACAAGAGAUUCAGCCGUCCGCCAACUUACUGUGACUCGCGAAACGACGUCCACAGAAAAAAGCACAAUUGGCUCUCCCUGUCGAUCCUGGCUCUGUCAAUAUACUCCACAGGCCUCAGCUGCCUCUGGUUCAUCGUGGCUAUCGUUCAGCCGCGAUGGGGACCGCAGAUAUCCUCAAGCGGCGGGAUCCUCCCGUCAACGGCGUCCCUAGUGUGUGCCAUGUUUGCCAAGACGAUUGAAAUAUCAUUCGUAACCGUCUUCGUGACCUUCAUCGGCCAGGUCCUGACGCGCCGCGCUUUCGUAAAGAAGUCCAAGGGCAUGACGUUGGCCGAAAUGACGAUGAGGAACUGGGUCAUUCAACCAGGGUUCCUGAUUACACACUCGGAGACGCUGCCUUACGCCGGGAUGACGUUGCUCGGGGUGGUUUCUCUUGUCGCGACGAUUGCGUCGACGUUCUACACGACCGCGUCCGAUGCUUUGGUUGCCCCCAAGCUGAAAUUCGGUGGCUGGGAGAGUAAAACGCUGAGCGGCUACGUCUUGGCCUCCUACGCAAAUCCUCCCUUUGCUCGUGAGAGCUGCCAGACACCACUGCGAGACAGCGACCCCGCGGGCGUUGACACUGCUGGGCGUGCUUGUCUCGAAGUGCAGUAUGCAGGACAGUCUUACCGUAAUUUGAUGUCCUUCAUGGGCGACUGGGACGCCAUCAACAGAAACGGCACGAGCGCUACCGUCGACAUCUCGCACCGUCCCGUGGGAACGGCCCUUCUGUAUGACAACACGACACUGACGUCGGCGUGGAUCGAGCUCGAGUUUAGCAACACGACCAAGAACUUUGAGGAACACGGCAGGAUAGUUAACAAUGUCACUCUCGCGAUGCCUCACCCAAGCGUGUACGACGCGGCCACGAACCCGGUGAACAAGAUCCUCCAGCCGAACGACUUGUCUGGUGUGGGAGAGUACGCCAUCAAGGCGAGCGUCGUAUCCCCCGCGCUCAACGUCAUGUGUGUCAACAUGUCGCCGGACGAACUUGCGCCCUUGGUCUAUACGGAAUGGCCCAUGGGCAAGAUCAACUCCAAUGACACGUUGGUCCCGGGUCAGAGGAUUGGCCCGCUGGACUGGGAGCAAUAUGUGCCGGGGCUUUCGGAGACAGAGUGGCUCAACCGGACGUUGGCGGAUAGCAUCUUUCGCUGGGGGGAGCAGUACAACCGACGACCUCCCGUGUUCCAGCUCUACCCCGCAGAUUUCAACAUGGUGACCAACACCACCGCUGCGAACGAUGCUAUCUAUGUCCUGACGAAAUCGGCGUUCAUCACAAACUAUACUCUCUGCGAGAUGCGUUCGUGGGUAUCGCCGCUCUGCUCAACGCACUUCAACAUCUCCGGCACCGCGGGGGCGCACAUGCAAGCCCACUGCGAUGAUCCCGAGGACAAGGACAGCUACAACCACGUCCACCCAGAGGUCACGUUCUCCGUGCCCGUGGUUGAUUGGAAGAACAUUGCAGAGCAAUGGCGCCUUUCCAUGGACAUCAACGGCGGCGCCCAGAACAACAACGCCUCCAACGCCCGCAUCCUCACGCAGUUUGUCCUUGGGGAACCGCAUCUCAACCCCCUCCUCCCCUCCAUGGCGGAAGCUCUGGCCGUCUACGCCUCCUCCACGCUCAUCAUCGGUGGCCACGGCACGCCGUUUGAGCACUACUGGCGGCACGAGAAGGCGGAGCUCGGCGCCCCCGGCGCUCUGGACCCGUUUCAGGCCUCGAUUCGCACGCAGGAGUACACCUCGGGCCACGUGGCGGAGUGGCAAAAGGUGUUCUACCUGGUCCUCUUCCUCGUCGUGGUCAUAAACGUCGUCUGCCUCGCCUACUUCCUCGCGCGGUCCGGGCUGGUCACCGACUUCACCGAGCCGCAGAACCUCUUCGCCCUGGCCGUCAACUCGCCGCCCAGCGAGCAGAUCAAGGGCAGCUGCGGCGGCGGACCGGUGAAGCGCGACCUCGUGGUGCCGUGGCGCGUGGCCUACGCGAACGUCGCAAACCACUACUUCUUUGAAGAGGCGAGCGACCGGCCGUGGCGGGGCAAGUAUGCCGGGCAGGACUUGUUGUCGGUAGAUACGGCAUAUCGCGGGCGGCAGAGGAGCAGCUACGGCAGGCUGAGCACAAGCGGUUCGUGGAUGCCACAAGCAUGGCAAGCCAAGCUGUCUAAGCUGCGUUAG